CUCUGCUUGUCACCCUCCACGUUGACACUCACUCAUUCACACCAGCACUGACUUUGAGACACAACAACAGCAGCUACUACCGUCUGCCUGUCUACUCUCUCUCCCUCUUGCUUGAAUCGUCACUGCCAACCAACCAACGGCCAGCCAGGCACGAAAUGGUUGAGAAGAACAGCGCCAGCCACGUCAACGGUGGCAAGGCGAACGGGGCCACGGCCGCGUCCUCCACCGCCACCACGGCAUCUUCGUCGAUGCGAUUGGGGAAGGGCGCUGUUCGGCGGCGCCGUCGCACCAUGGGCCUGCAUCGCAGCAAGAACUUCCUGCAGCGGCAGCGCGCCCGUCUCAACUCCGGAUCCAAGAGGGAGAAGGCUCUCUCCUUGCUCCAGCUGCUCUUCUAUGUUGGCGUCGAUAUCCUCACCGCCAGCGUCACCGCCACCAUCUGGUUCUUCGCCGGUAUCUUCCUCUGGUUCUUCUCCCACAUCCACGACGCCAUCCUCUCCCGCAUUGUCGGCUUCCACUACCUCUACAACGUCUCCUGGGAAGACCCGCGCGUCGACAGGGAGGCCCUCAACCUCACCGAGGACGACCACGUCAUCACCAUCGCCUCCGCAUGUGACAAUGUGCUCGACUUCAUCAUUGACGGGGCGCGUGUGACGGCUGUUGACCUGAACGAGUGCCAGCUGGCCCUGUGCGAGCUCAAGAAGGCCGCCAUCCUUGAGCUUGGCUUUGAAGACUUCUUCGCCAUCUUCGCAGAGCAGGACAUCAAGCUUCUCAAGGCCAAAUUCGCGCAUCUCAAGCGCCACCUUGGUCCCCACUCUCUUCGCUUUUGGGAGCGCACGCUUCGCCGCGGGUUUGGCGGGUUCAUGUAUUCCGGGUCCUCUGGCUGGCUGGCGUUUAUGCUCUUCCGCGUCCUCUUCCCCGUCAUUGGCAUGGGCUGGGUCCGCAAGGCUCUCCUCGACGGUGUCGACCAGGCCACGUUCCGCCGGAAAGCGCAGCAGCACGCAAAGCGACUGGAGUUUAUCGCUUGGGUUGCAGACAGCGUCCUCGUCCCCAUCUGCGCACCGCUCGCUGGCGUCCCCGCAGCGCAACUUGGCCUUGGUGACCACCGCGAGGGAAAUGUGCACACCAUUAUGGAGCGCGUGUUCCUGCACACGGAUGUUGUCAACGACAACUACUUUUUCCUCGGCUACAUCCUUGGCAAAUACACCCGCACCUGCUGCCCGCGCUACCUCAAGGAGGAGCACUUUGGCAAGUUGAAGCGGUACAUCCGGCAAAACCGGCUUGACCUGUAUCACGGCACGCUUGCCGACCGCUACCGCGACGACAUGAGGCAAGUUGUCCCGCCCACAUACACCGCAGCUAUCAUGCUGGACCAUCUCGACUGGAUGGACGACGCAGGGGUGAAUGAGGAGCUUGCGCUGCUGUGGCCGCUGCUUGACGACGAUCGCGGCCGCAUUCUCUGGCGCUCGUUCAGCGACACGCCGCACCGCGCAGCCCUCAAGUGGAUGGACAGCACGCGUGUUGAUGACGGAAGCAGGGACCGCACGGGCAUGUACUGGGGAGUGUGGGUCGCGGAGAAGAAGACAUGCGGCGUUCACCCCGAGGACAUCACGCCUGGCCUCUUCUGGAGCCCGCAGCCGCCGUUCAGCCUGGUGGACCAACUGCUGACGGGGCUGCGCAUCGUUAGCUUCCCUGUGCUGCAGGCAUUUCGGUCCGGUAUGAGCAAGGCCCAGUGCCUCUCUGGUGUUGCCGCCGAUGACCUCUCCCGCAACAGACACGCCCACAAGAUUGAGGCCUUCUACCAGUCCCAGGCAAAGGCAUACGACGCGUUUCGCGAGAAUUUCCUGCAUGCGCGCAAGGCGCUGGCGACAUCGCUGCCGCUCAAGAGCGAUGAGAAGUUGGUGUGGAUUGACGUUGGUGCCGGUACUGCCCGCAACCUCGAGUUUUUCCCUGUCGACACCCUCCGCCGCCGCUUUGCAAAGAUCUACAUCCUUGACAUCUCAGCCAGCCUCCUGAACGUUGCCCGCCAUCGCAUCGAGCGUGCUGGUCUCUCUGACAUUGUUGAGCUUGUUCUUGCAGACUUUACCGACCUCUCCGAAGCAGGGCAGCAGGCCCUCCCAAAGCCAGGCACUGCACAUCUCGUGACGUUCAGCUACUCGCUGUCGAUGAUUCCAAACAAGACGGCUGCACUGCAGCAGGCCGCCCGCCUCCUCCACCCGGACGGCGCCAUUGGCGUCGCAGACUUUUUCCAAGCAGGGCCAGCCCACCACCAGCACAAGCCCGUGUCGCGCAUGCUGUCUCGCCUGUACGACCUGGGCUGCAAGCUGUGGUUCCGCCAGGAUGGCGUGCACCUGCUGUCGGACCAUCUGUUUGACACGGUGCUGGAGCGGGACAACGGCGUGCUGGCCGUGUGCACGGAGCGCUUCCGUGGGCAGGUGCCCCUCAUCCCCGUGCUCCGCCCCUGGCACGGUGUCUGGGUUGGAAAGCGCGCCCAAGACGACGCUGAGGAGGAGGACGGCGAUGAUGAGGAGCAGCCGUCCACCAGUCAGGAGUGACAACCAAGCAAGCACGCAAGAUGAACGCUUGAUGUGAAAAUGUCACUAGCAUUGCCGUUCUCGGCACUGUUUCUGUGCGUGCGUGUCUGUAUGUCUGUCUCUGUGUUCGUGUGUGUGUCUGUGUGAGUGUGUGUCUGUCUCUGUGUUCGUGUGUGUGUGUGUGUGGGUGUGUUCUAGUGCCAUGUCGAACCAUCAGAUACAAUACAAGAGGAACAACAGUGUAAACACGAAAACAAG